CUUCUCGUGGACCCGACGGAGGACACGGUGCGCCCCCGCUGCCGCGACCCCAUCAACGUGGAGAGCCUGCUGCCAUCGAAAAUAAGAAUUAAUUUAGAAGAUAAUGUACAAUAUGUGUCCAUGAGAAAGGAUCUGAUCUUAACAAUUUUGGAGCAGUGCCCCAACAAAAGAAGCUGCAAGAGGAACUUUCAGACUUAUCAGCAAUGGAAGAUGCUUUGGAUGAGUUAAUCAAGGAUUGUGCUCAGCUGUUAUUUGAAUUAGCAGAUGAUAAAGAAAAUGAAAGACUGGCAUAUGUGACAUAUCAAGAUAUUCAUAGCAUUCAAGCCUUUCAUGAACAGAUUGUUAUUGCAGUUAAAGCUCCAGAGGAAACCAGGUUGGAUGUUCCAGCUCCCAAAGAAGACUCUAUCACGGUACACAUAAGGAGCACCAGAGGACCCAUUGAUGUGUAUUUGUGUGAAGUAGAGCAGAACCAUUCAAAUGGCAAAACAUUAGACAGGGUAGGGACCUCUUCAUCUAAAAGCAAGCAUCCAGAACACCCAGAGAAAGGAGAAAAUCCUCCUCAGCAAAGUGAAGAUGUGCUUGAAGUGAACAACUGAUAGCAUUUGAGGAUUGAUGGAUUAAAAUUCUUUUCCUUUUCAUUUUGGAACCUCCUGUGUGGAUGA